GUGCCUUGGGUCUAACGAGAGUGGGAGAGGUGCCGGAGCGGGAGGUGGCCCUACGCGGAAGAACGUUGACAUAGAGCGGUUCAGUUGUCUUAGCCUCCAUAUACGGUACAGCGCUGUGAGGAGCACAAGUCCGCUGGCGAUAAGCACGAAUAUCCAUAUGAAGACGUCGGAUGGAAGUGCGCUUGUGCCUCCUCCGGAGAUGGGGACGCCGUUGGGUGUUGUGGUUGGGUUUGCGAAGAGGUUGAAUGAUGUGGAGGUGCUGGAGGAGGAUGAGUCGGUGUUGGUGUUAGUUGAAGGGGUAGAAGUUGGAAAUGUUGAUGGAAAUCCUAGCGAUUGACGCCUGGCUAAUGAUGG